ACAUUUUGUUCCCAUGGAAUAGACUCAGAAAAUGGGCAGAAAAGGGGACGUGGUCCCCUAAAAGGCUUGAAGGCAAUCUCCAAGAGAAUCAAGGCGGGCAAUCAGAAGAUGAAAGUUGACUUCUCCAGACUUGGAGGACCGGUAGGUGAUAACUACCGCUCAUUCAUUGAUGAAAUAGUAAUGUUUACAAGGAAAAGAGCGCCACUCAUUGGAGUGAAAAUGUGGAAACAUGUCCAUGAAGAUGUAAAAGAGUCAAUAGCAUCUGAUAUAUUGGCUAGGUGGGACAUUGAGGAUAAUGAUCAUUCAAGGAGAAUCAUAUGGGGCAUUGCUAAGGAGCGUUACAAAGGAUGGUGUUCAACUUUCAGUGCUACGGCCAAGGCAUACAACGGCUACCACCAGAGAAUGCUACAUAAGCCUAAAGAAUUAGAUAUUGUUGAAUGGCACUAUCUGUUGAAGUAUUUUAGGACUGCAAAAUUCCAGGCAAAGAGCAUACAAAAUUCUGGGAUUCGAGCCCAACAAAGGACCAGACAUUUGUCAGGCUCUAAGCCUUAUGCUCAAUGCAUCUAUUAG